AUGCAGCUGAAAACUCAGUUUUUCUUCUUCUUCUAUUGCAUUUUCUAUUUCUCAUAUGCCUUUGCAGCUGCAGCAAAUGAUGAAGCAUCUGUUUUACUUUCUAUAAAGGCAGGUCUCAUUGAUCCAUUGAAUAGCCUGCAUGAUUGGAAGUUGUUGGACAAAGCGAAAGGGAAGGGUGCAGCUCAUUGUAACUGGACUGGUGUCCAUUGCAACUCAGGUGGAGCUGUAGAGAACCUUGAUCUCUCCCGUAUGAAUCUGAGUGGCAUUGUGUCCAAUGACAUACAAAGGCUAAAGAGUCUUACUUCUCUAAACUUGUGUUGCAACGAAUUUUCCUCAUCAUUUUCAUCCAUAGCCAAUCUCACCACGCUGAAGAGUCUUGAUGUGAGCCAGAAUUUCUUCACUGGUGACUUUCCAUUAGGCCUUGGAAAGGCAUCGAGACUUAUGACCUUAAAUGGAUCCAGCAACAAUUUCUCUGGCUUUCUUCCCGAGGUUCUCGGAAAUAUCUCUUCCUUGGAGACUUUGGAUCUCAGAGGUAGUUUCUUUGAAGGAUCAAUUCCAAAAUCCUUCAGUAACUUGCACAAGCUGAAAUUCCUUGGUUUAUCUGGAAAUAAUCUCACUGGAAAAAUACCUGGAGAGUUAGGCCAACUAUCAUCACUGGAGUGCAUGAUCAUUGGAUACAAUGAAUUUGAAGGUGGUAUUCCAACAGAGUUUGGAAAUCUCACCAAGCUAAAGUAUCUUGAUUUAGCAGAAGGCAAUCUUGGUGGUGAAAUUCCGGCUGAGUUGGGAAAGCUCAAACUGUUGAAUACAGUUUUCUUGUACAAAAACAAAUUAGAAGGAAAGAUUCCACCAACAAUUGGCAACAUGACUUCAUUGGUGCAGCUGGAUCUCUCAGACAACAUGUUAUCAGGAAAUAUACCGGCUGAAAUAAGUCAGCUAAAGAAUUUACAGCUUCUGAACUUCAUGCGUAACCGGCUAUCUGGUCCUGUGCCUUCUGGCCUUGGGGACUUCCCUCAACUAGAGGUGCUUGAGCUAUGGAACAAUUCCUUGUCAGGGUCAUUGCCUAGAAAUCUUGGCAAGAAUUCACCAUUGCAGUGGUUGGAUGUAUCAUCCAAUUUACUCUCAGGUGAGAUUCCAGAAACUCUUUGCACCAAGGGCUAUCUCACCAAGCUCAUUCUUUUCAAUAAUGCUUUCUUGGGUCCAAUUCCAGCAAGCCUAUCAACAUGUACUUCAAUUGUCCGUGUUCGAAUUCAGAACAAUUUUCUUUCUGGGACAAUUCCUGUGGGUCUUGGUAAGCUUGGAAAGCUUCAGAGGUUAGAAUUAGCAAACAAUAGUCUCACUGGUAGCAUUCCUAAUGACAUUGGUUCUUCUACAUCCCUUUCUUUCAUUGAUUUUUCCAUGAACAACCUCCACUCUUCUCUUCCUUCAACCAUUAUUUCCAUUCCAAAUCUGCAAACUUUAAUUGUCUCCAAGAACAACUUGAGAGGUGAAAUCCCAGACGAAUUCCAGGAUUGUCCCUCACUAGGUGUCCUUGAUCUCUCAUCGAAUGGAUUCUCUGGAGGCAUUCCAGCAAGCCUUGCAUCAUGCCAGAAAUUGGUAAACUUGAACCUACAGAAUAACCAAUUGACGGGUGAAAUCCCAAAAGCAUUAGCAAGCAUGCCUACAUUGGCCAUUCUUGAUCUUGCCAACAAUUCUCUGAGUGGUCAUAUACCUGAAAGCUUUGGUAUUUCCCCAGCUCUGGAAACAUUCAAUGUUUCACACAACAAGUUAAAAGGUCCUGUCCCAGAAAACGGAGUGCUAAGAACAAUAAACCCAAAUGAUCUCGUGGGUAAUGCUGGCUUAUGUGGUGCUGUCCUUCCUCCAUGUGGCCAAACCUCUGCAUAUCCGUUAAGGCGUGGGAGCUCACAUGCAAAGCACAUUAUUGUAGGAUGGAUCAUUGGAAUAUCAUCAAUACUGGCCAUUGCGGUUAUAACUAUGGUAGCGAGGUCUUUAUACAUAAGGUGGUACACUGACGGAUUGUGCUUCCGGGAAAGAUUUUAUAAGGGCAGGAAGGGGUGGCCAUGGAGAUUGAUGGCCUUUCAGAGGCUUGAUUUUACAAGUAGUGACAUUUUAUCUUGCAUCAAGGAUACAAAUAUGAUUGGUAUGGGAGGAACUGGCGUUGUCUACAAGGCUGAGAUACCACAAUCAAGUACAAUCGUGGCUGUCAAGAAGUUGUGGAGAUCAGGAUCUGAUAUUGAAGUAGGAAGCAGUGAUGACCUUGUCGGUGAGGUGAAUCUUUUAGGGAGGUUAAGGCAUAGGAAUAUAGUUAGACUAUUGGGAUUUCUUUACAAUGAUGCUGAUGUGAUGAUAGUUUAUGAAUUUAUGCACAAUGGAAACCUUGGAGAUGCCCUGCAUGGUAAACAAGCAGGAAGAUUGCUUGUAGAUUGGGUUUCGCGAUAUAACAUAGCUCUAGGGAUUGCAGAAGGACUUGCUUAUCUUCAUCAUGAUUGUCAUCCACCUGUUAUCCAUCGAGACAUCAAGUCAAAUAAUAUACUGCUUGAUGCAAAUCUUGAAGCAAGGAUAGCAGAUUUCGGGUUGGCCAAGAUGAUGCUCCGGAAGAAUGAAACAGUCUCCAUGAUUGCUGGAUCUUAUGGAUACAUUGCCCCUGAAUAUGGAUACUCCUUGAAAGUGGAUGAAAAGAUUGACAUUUACAGUUAUGGAGUGGUUCUUUUGGAGCUUCUCACUGGAAAGCGGCCCUUAGAUCCUGAGUUUGGAGAAUCUAUAGACAUAGUAGGGUGGAUUAGAAGGAAGAUAGACAACAAAUCUCCAGAUGAAGUAUUAGACCCAAGUGUAGGAAACUGCAAGCAUGUUCAAGAAGAGAUGUUUUUAGUUCUCAAGAUAGCACUUCUUUGCACUGCCAAGUUCCCAAAGGACAGACCCUCCAUGAGGGAUGUUAUAAUGAUGCUUGGAGAGGCAAAGCCUAGGAGAAAGAGUGGUAGGAGCAGUGAAACAUUUCCAGCUAACAAGGAAAUGCCAGCUAUUAGCACAUCACCAGUUAAUGGCCUUCUUUAG